UCGCUCGCUCUCUCUCUCAAAAAUAAGCUUCAAGAAAAAAAAGAUUUAUUUGACUGGACCAGAGACCUGUUCAUUGUAGGGCAGGGUUUUUCAAUAUCAGCACUCAAUAUCAACAUCUUGAAUCAGUUAUUUCUUUGUUGUGAAGGGCUAUGCUGUGCUUUGUAGAAUGUUUAACAGCAUCUGUAGCCUCUGCCCUUUAAGUGACUCCCUACUUGUAACAACCAAAAAUGUCUCCAGAAAUUGCCAAAUGUUGGGGAAGGGGUAGCAAAUUGCCCCCAGUCAAACAACUACUGCUUUAGGAUUAAUUUUGUCUUACUAUUAUGCAAGGUCUUCCUAUGCACUUUGCCUAAUGCCCCAUGAAUUGUGAGAUUCUUUUGGUUUUUUUCAGUCUGUUUGGGGUAGGCAUUUGUAUUGGUCUUGUGUGUGUCCUGAGUGUUGUUCCCUCUAAUCUUUCUGGGUGGUGCUUUUUUCAGUCCUGUUUUGUUUCCUCGUGUGUAUGUGAUGAUCAGCAUUUUAGCUGCACGUUCAAAGGACAAUCUCUGCAGAUCUCUGGGGUUCUGUCUUAGUCUUUUCAGGCUACUAUAACAAAAAUACUGUAGACUGGGUGGCUUAAACAAAGCACACUUAUUUCUCACACUUCUGGAGACUGAAGAGUCCAAGAUCAAAGCCCAGCAGAUUUGGUAUCUGGUGAGAGCCUGACUCUGCCUCAUAGUCAGUCAUCUUCUAGUUAUGUCUUUAGGUGGUGGAAGGGGUGAUAAAAUUCUCUGGAGUAUCUCUUAAAAGGCAACUAAUCCCAUUUAUGAGGGCCCUGCCCUCAUGACUAGUCACCUCCUAAUUGGGGGGUUAGGAUUUCAAUAUAUGAAUUUUGGAGAGACAAAGCAUUCAGUCUAUAACAAGUUCUCUGUCCGUGCAUCUUUCUCUUCUCCAGUAAUCUAUUUCAUGAACACUAGCCACCUGGAUCUCCCCAGACCCUCAGCUCUAUCUCCUCAACUCAGCAAGUCCGCCAGCCCUCACCCAUUUUGUGUCCUGUGUCACACAUGACUUGGAACCUCUCAGGGCAGUAAGCUGGGGCAGUAGGGUUCACUUUGUAUUCUGUCUGGCAGCGAUCUUUUUUGUCUGAUACCCAGUGUCUUGAUGCUGGUUUUUCUCUCCCAUGUAUUUUGUCUAUCAUUUGAUUAUUUGUGGUGGGAGGGUAAAUUUGGUCCCUCUCAUUAAAUCUUGGUCAAAAAUGGAGUCCCUUUAAACCUUAAUUGAUUCAUAUUAAUUAUUGAUUAAAGCUGAAAGUGUUCUUAAACACUAACUUAAUUUCAUUUUUUUGGAUUUAUAUGAAACUCAUAGCCGUCAUAUCUCUGUUCAAAAUUUCCUGUUCCAUGUAGUUUCUAUGGCACAACAUAAAUACUAAAUUGGCCCUAAAGCCUUUUAUCAUCUUUUUAAUAUACCUCUUUAGUGCAGGUUUUCAUGGUGUUACAUAAAUAUGGGCCUCUAACUAUAUGUAGUAGCAUACAAUUAAAGGACAUGUCCUGACCUGAUGAAGCACAUUAGUGGAGUGUGUCAUGUUUUUAGGACAUUGCCACAGCAGGCUCAAAGACUUCCAGAAGGCUUCCUUGUGUUACUCGUUUUGUAGCAGCUAAAACACCAGCAUCAAACUCUGAUUGUUGGCCCAAUUGAGAGUAUAGAGAACUGGUGAUCUAAGACAGGGGAAAAAAAAGAAAACAACAAAGAGAAGAUCAUUUUGAACAGUGUAUGAGACAAAACCGUACUGAAGGAUAAUGCUAUAAGGAUGGGAGUGACUUGGAACCCAUUGGUGGCAGUGGAAAAGGAAAUGGCUGUUCCUAAUCACCUCUGCAUUCGCCGCUGGACUACCAAGCAUGUAGCUGUUUGGCUGAAGGAUGAAGGCUUUUUUGAAUAUGUGGACAUUUUAUGUAAUAAGCACCGACUUGAUGGAAUCACAUUGCUAACAUUGACUGAAUAUGAUCUCCGGUCUCCUCCUCUGGAAAUCAAAAUCUUAGGGGACAUUAAAAGGUUAAUGCUCUCAGUCCGAAAAUUGCAGAAAAUACAUAUUGAUGUUUUAGAAGAAAUGGGAUACAACAGUGACAGUCCCAUGGGUUCCAUGACACCUUUCAUCAGUGCUCUUCACAGCGCAGAGUGGCUCUGUAAUGGAGAGCCUUCACAUGACUGUGAUGGACCAAUCACUGAUUUGAAUUCUGAUCAGUACCAGUACAUGAAUGGUAAAAACAAACAUUCUAUUCGAAGAUUGGACCCAGAGUAUUGGAAGACCAUAUUGAGUUGUAUAUAUGUUUUUAUAGUAUUUGGGUUUACAUCUUUCAUUAUGGUUAUAGUCCACGAGCGAGUGCCUGAUAUGCAGACCUAUCCACCACUCCCAGAUAUAUUCUUAGACAGUGUUCCUAGAAUCCCAUGGGCCUUUGCCAUGACAGAAGUAUGUGGCAUGAUUUUGUGCUAUAUUUGGCUCCUGGUUCUUCUUCUCCACAAACACAGGUCAAUACUUCUUCGAAGGCUCUGUAGUCUGAUGGGUACUGUGUUCUUGCUUCGCUGCUUUACCAUGUUUGUGACCUCCCUCUCCGUGCCAGGACAGCACCUGCAGUGUACUGGAAAGGUAUAUGGCAGUGUAUGGGAGAAACUGCGCCGGGCCUUUGCCAUUUGGAGUGGCUUUGGUAUGACCCUAACUGGUGUUCACACUUGCGGAGAUUACAUGUUCAGUGGUCACACAGUCGUCCUAACUAUGCUGAAUUUCUUUGUCACUGAAUAUACACCAAGAAGCUGGAAUUUCUUGCACACUUUAUCCUGGGUUCUCAACCUCUUUGGAAUCUUCUUCAUUUUGGCUGCCCAUGAACAUUAUUCCAUUGAUGUGUUUAUUGCCUUUUAUAUCACGACAAGACUCUUUUUGUACUACCAUACUCUAGCCAAUACCAGAGCAUAUCAGCAGAGUAGGAGAGCAAGAAUUUGGUUUCCCAUGUUUUCUUUUUUUGAAUGCAAUGUUAAUGGUACAGUACCUAAUGAAUAUUGUUGGCCAUUUUCAAAACCAGCAAUAAUGAAAAGAUUAAUUGGAUAAAGACUACCUUUGUAAUGGGUUCUUGAUUAAAUAUAUAGUAGUUGUCGAAAGUAAGUAACUUUGCUUUCUCCCCCUAGGUUGUUCCUGGAUGCCUUGCUUUUGGGCUUAUAUGUUGACAAAGUAAAGUUCAUAUUCUGAGCAAGGCUAUGAUUAUAGAAAUCAAGAACAAUCAAGAGUCCUUACAUAUCUGUUUGAAUAGGAAGCUUAAGUUUAAGUAGAUGUUUCCUGACCCUUCUUUUUCAACAAACUUAAUGUUGUGAUUGAAGUCAGAUUGUUACCUUUACCUGUUGAGUACUGGCUUGUUGAACUUAAGCAAUUUGCUGGUUGAAAGUGGUUUUGUUUGUUUGUUUGUUUGUAAUUUCAUUAGGACUCUAGUCAAGAAAUAAUUUUUUUUAAGCUCCUUAAUAUCUUCAAGGGAAAAACCCCUACCAAGUGAGCAGUAUUUGUUCUUUGAACUGAUCUCUGUAUUCUUGAAAAUUGCAACUCUAGAAAGUAAUCUGUAUUACUAACAAAUAAUUUUUGCCUCCUGAACCAUCUUUAAGAAAAGUAUACUGAACAUGCCAGGAUGCCUGAAACAAGAAGAAAAUGAAAGGGGCUAUCCAUGAGGUAACUGAGUACAAAUAUGGUACUGGCAUUUUUCACCAAAGAUAAAACACAAGAUGCAGUUCCUAUUUUGUUCUGAGGGCUCAGUAUGACCAUCAGUCAGUAUUUUUGAGGGAAAAGUGGCUGCAUCCAUAAAAAUCAAAUUGGCUUAAUUUUAGUGAGGUAGGUACCUGGAACAACUUUGUGCUGUAGUUGUUAGUUAGACUUAUGACAACCCAAUUUUAUGCUAUUUAAUGAUGUUAUUUAAUGAGUAAAAUAGUGGAGUGUUUUACCAAAUGUUAGAUAAAGUUCUGAUGUCUUUAAGUAGGGAGGUUUGCAUGCAAAGAAUAUUUUUUCUAUUUCUGAAAAGAAAUGAUAACAGGUUGCAGGCAUUAUACAAUAUUUGGUUUCUUAUUUGUCAUUCUUGGCCAUCAGAAGUAAACAGUCUCAAAUAUAUUUGGAUAUAAAAAGGUUUUGUUGUUUUUCAUUUUUAAAUACAAUUUUGUACAUACAUUCUUUCUAUUUUGUCUUAAUUUGGCAGUCAGGAAGUGAUAUAACUUAGUUACUGUUUACACUAGAAAUUUAGUACCAUAAGUAAUCUGACCCCUGUGAUAACAUUUGUUACUUUGCUUUUAAUGAUUUUAAUAGUUAUGACAGUAGAAUGGUUAUGGAAUUGGAAUUUGAGCCCCAACUGAUUGAGCUUAGCCACUUGGAAAAUUAAGUGUGUAGUUUUUACAUUCCAUUUUAAAACAAGGAGUUGGAAAAAGUGCUGACAUAUUGAGGUCUAAAAUUAGGCCACUUAGCUGAAAUCUGCUUGUCAUGUGGGUGAAAUAUUUUAUUUUUGCAUUUUGAGUCCUAUUCCCACCCCUGUAUAAGGUACAGAGGAGCUUGAAGGGAGUGAGCAGGAAAGGAAUAUUACGCAAACAAGUUUCAGCCAGUGCUGAAUUACCCCAAUUUGAGUCUACUCUGAACAUUAUAUCUUAUUUCUCACCUGAGAAAUGACACAAGGCAAUUCAAAUUUUGUUAUGAUUUUAAAACUCACACUUUAGAAUCUUAUAUCUUAAAUUGUUGAUUGUUUUACAUGCUAGGGACAAAAAUGCCAACAUUUCAUGUAAGGAAACUGCAUAAUCAUGAAAGGUGGAGGAUGUUUCCUAUGACUCUUGAGGUCAAAUUAUGUGUAACGAGCAUUCUUUCCAAGUGACAGAGCAAGACUGUAUUUUAGCUAGGGAGGGACUUAAUGUUAGCUUUUGGAAAAAUGUUUGAAGAAAAUCUGUGGCAACAUUAAUUCAAGAAUGUUAGAUAGCUACUUAAUGAUAAAUUUCCUAACAUCAGUCUUCUUUCCUUUAUAUGGAUUCUAUUCUAGAACAAAAUAGAAAAAAAAAAAAAUUGUAACUAACUUUGCAGAGUGCCUAACAGCAGACUGCAAUGAGGAUUGUAAAAUAAGUUUUCAGCCUUGCAUUUAUCAUAUCUGAUUUGAGGAAAAGGUAAGCUAGAUUUAUAAUUUAUAACUAAUACAAGGCAGUGUUUACAUAAAUUCAUCAUCUCCAAGUCUCUUUCUUGGAAAACUUGGACACAAAAUUCUUUUCCAUUUCUUUUUUUAAUAUGAAACCUAUAUUACAGUUGUGUUUUGUUUUGUUUUGUUUUGUCCAGAAACUCUCCAGAUUUUGUCUUUGUAUUUUUUUUUUCUUGUUAAAAUCUAAACCAUUGGAAAGGUGGUAUUUAUAUUCACAUUUUGGGUAUGAAUGUGGCUAGGUGGAGAAGCUACAUGCCUUAGAUCUAUAUAUUUUUUUGCCCUGUCUUCAGUUGCAGGCUUGUGAAAGCUUAUAAAAUACUGAAAGUUCAGUAUAGAAGGAACCAAGAAGGUUUUGGUUUGGGGAAUGCAAACUGGAGGUUAUAUUGAAAGUCCUCAAUGCAUUUCUCUAUGUUCCUGAGGACAGUGUAGCCUUUUUUGUCUUUUUUUCUUUUUUUAAGUCCAUGCAGGACAUUGUUAACUGAAGGGUAAUUGAAGUUAGUAGAGAGUAGGAGAUUUUGAAGAAGGCACAUUUAUUGUUAUUACUGAAUAAUUUGGGAGAAACCUUUUUUGGCUUUGCUGCAAAAUUCUCAAAUGCCUAUCCUUUCCAUAACUCUCUGUGGUCAGAAUUGCUGGGGUAAAAAUACAGCUUCCAUAUCUGAUUAAGUAUUUUUUUCGUAAUCAGAAAGCAAUGAAGGUAAUCUUAGAACCAGUCAGCUGAAGAAAUGUGGACUGUUCACAACAAAACACCUGUUGACUGAAAGACCUGCUGAUUGUGUAAUGAUUUACACACACCACAAGUGGCUCUUUCUUACCCUGUACCUGCCUGAGUGUUGUUACUUAGAAUUUCAAAAAUCUUACAAUUUGUAAAUGGAAACUGAGGAGCCAAAUCCUUUUAUAGCUUAUAUGAAAGUCUGUUUUAGAGACAUCUGUUUGGAAAGUGUUAUUUAUAUUUCAAAGUCAUAUUCAUAACACUAACCUGCUUUCAGUGUAUUCAGCAAAAGGCAAUUUCAUCAUUAGUUUUAUAGUAAACAUUUUUUAAGGAUUCAUGUUCUAAAAUGCUUGAGAACGUUAACCAUAUUCUUGUUUUAAACUCUGUGAUCUAAUAAAUUUACUUCUUUGAUAGUCUUUGUAGACCUAAGUUAUCCCUUAAAAAAAGUAAUUAUAGUAAUAGUCGUGUGUCAGUUCUUUAAGGUAUUCAGGCAUUUGAGACAAGAAAGUUCUCUUUUAGAAUAGUCCAAUAGCUUUCUUAAGCAGGAUUGGUUUCAUUUAGAUAGUUUCAAAGCCAACAAAGCAUGUCAGUUUUAAUGCCAUCUUUACUCGGUGGUUAAGAUGGUGUGCACUUAUAAAAGUGUAGCCUGAAUUACCCCCUUACCUCUGUAGAGGUGACUUGUUAGUAACAUCAAAAGUCAGACUGCUUCACAUGACAAGUGAGAAAGGAAAGAGGUUGAGGAUUUUUCCCUCUCUGUGUUUGAGAAGCUCUGAAUGACUGAAAUUAUGAUGAAAGUAGGUUUUGGUCUCCCCUCUCACCUACCCCUCACACCCAGUGAAUGCCACCAAUUUCAAGUAACUUAAAUGUGGCCUAUUAUUUUGCAUCAAGUUCAAUAAAAAUAUCUAUGAAAUCUAUAAGCCAUAAUUCAGCUACUGGUAAGGUUGGUUUUUAGAAUAUGUUCUACCCUAAAUUAGCCAAUGGACUUUUUAUUCAGUGUACUCCAUGUUUAAGCAUAAGGAUGUUUUGUGCCUGAUGUGGAGGGAGAAGGAAUACUAUGAUAAUUUUGUUGUUAUUUCAGGUCUGUUUCAGUAUAAACUACUGGCUUAUUAGUUAGUCAUCUUAAAAAUGCUUAAUUUUAAUAAUUUUUUUUGAGAGAAUCUAUGGAUUAUUAGGACAAUUGAAGUAUUCCUGAUAUGGAACAAAGGAAGUGGAAACUGGUACUGAGCGGGGGAAGCAAAAUUAGUUUGCUAAACUAAAGUGGGCAUGUUUUGUUUUAAGAACACUACCUAAAUGUCACUCUAUCCACAGAAAAACUAGUAUUACUUGAAGAUGUGAACGUUCCUGUGGUAGCCAUACCUUGAAGCACAGUAUUGUAUAUAAGUAAAUAUCUUGAUUCUAAAUUAAAUCCAGAUUUAACUAAUAUAUAUUAUUUUAUAUCUUUGUUGUAUUAAAAUGUUUAAAAACACUAAAAAUAAAACAUUUGAAAGUUG